GAGCUCCCUGCUCAGCUUAGCAGGGAGACACUGGCAACAGGCACUUGCUGCUCCAGUCCAGCCUGCACACUGAACUGCCACUAUGAUCUCUGUGCCCACCGCUUGGUGCUCAGUCGCUGUAGCCCUGCUCAUGGCCCUGCAUGAAGGGCAGAGCCAGGCUGCUGCCACCCUGGAGCAACAGGAGCCCUCACCCCAUGGUGGAGGCUCCCACCUGCGGCCUCGCCGUUGCUCCUGCAGCUCCUGGCUGGACAAGGAGUGUGUGUAUUUCUGCCAUCUGGACAUCAUCUGGGUGAACACUCCUGGACAGACAGCUCCUUACGGCCUGGGAAACCCGCCAAGACGCCGGCGCCGCUCCCUGCCAAGGCGCUGUGAGUGCUCCAGCACUAAGGACCCCACCUGUACCACCUUCUGCCAUCAAACACCCAGGGUUGAAGCCGGGGAAGUCCCAAGCAGCAAGUCCCCUACAGACAUGUUCCAGACUGGGAAGACGUGGGUCACUGCAGGAGAGCUCCUCCAGAGGCUAAGGGACAUUUCUGCAGCCAACAUCCAUUUUGCCAAGCGACAGCAGAAGGCAGCAAGGAAGCCCAGGCCCACUCACUUCAGGUGGAGGAAGAGAUAGCACUGUGAGCUGGAGAAACAUUGGGAAGGAAGCCAGUGGGGUGACAAGAGGAGUCCCCAGGGCUCGUGGGAGCGCCCUCUGCCUGCCUCGUGGGCCCAGGUCUUGGUUCUAGCCAGCUCGACCCACUCGCUGGGCUUGGCACAAGCUCUGCCCUCCUCGUCCUGGUGAGGGAUCCUCCGUGGCCUCACACUGCCCAGGAAAGCCCUCCAGACUGCAGAGGGCCUCCCAGCACUGGCUGCUGGCCCACCACCCUGCUGAAAAGAGCCAGAGCUCUUUAAAAUGUGGGAGCCCAUUAAAUCUGGAGGCUGCAUCCUGGGCUACAAAUCAGGGGUGAUCAUGCAGCAGUGGACACUCAUGCCUAAGCCAGACCCUAGAUGGGUCCCCUAAGAACUGACAUCCUGGCCGGCCCUAUCUACCCGCUCCAACCCCCACUCCCACCAGUGUCCUUGUACCUUCCUACCCUUGGGACACUUCUGGUGAGAAGGGCCUACUCUGCUUCCCUGUCUGUAUAUAACUUAUUUACUCCAAGAGGUCUGAAAUCCCAAUUAUUUAUUUUAAUGUAUUUUUUUAGACCCUCAAUUAUUUACCUGUAUUUGUAAUAAACACU